CGGAUAAUUCAUGUGAAAAUGGCUAAAAUUUUAAACAAGGACCCAGCCACAUACCAACGAGAACGUGAAUGCUUUUUACGUGAUCUACAGCAGUUCCACGAAACUCGCGGGACUCCAUUUCGUAAAAUUCCCAAGAUAAACGGCCAUGAAAUAGACUUGUAUCUACUUUACGUCCUCGUCACAGCACACGGAGGAUGGGUAAAGGUGAACUCGCGGAACGAGUGGGAGCUGCUGGUGGAGAGCUUCGGCCUGCCCAAGCGCUGCGUCAACAGCGGCGUGGGGCUCAAGCAGAUCUACUGUCGGUACCUGGACCGCUACGAGAAGGUGAACUACCUGGGGGAGGACGUGGAGCGAGGCAGCGACGACGACGAGGACAGCAGACACCGGCGCUGGUCGGCGCGCGCCCUGCACUCGGUGCCGCUCACCUACAACCACCACCAGCACAACGUGGCCGAGAACCUCCGCUCGUACAACGGGCUGUCUGCGGACCUGUACAAGGCCACGGACUACGACCGGCUGGCCUUGUCGCUGAUCUCCCCCCUCCCCAACGAGCAGGACUUUGCCAUCAACGUGUGCACGCUGCUGUCCAACGAGGGCCGGCACUCGCUGCGGCUGGACAAGUACCCGCGCCUGGUGGACUUCCUGCUGGCGCACGCCGGGAUCUACAGCUACCCGGGAAUGCGAGAAUAUUUUGAAGACAUCUACUGCAAAGUGAGGCAACACUCUCUCAGGACUUUCUGGACGGAUGUGAUUGACGAUCCAGGUUUGAGCGACUUGAUGGACGAGAGUAAGUUCAGCAACAAGAAGAAGAAGAAAGACGGUUCCUCGGUGGACGACGACGACGACGGCGCGAAGGGCGGGGCCGAGAAAGCGGGGGAGAAGUUCCCCGUCUACUGGGCGGACGGCAGCUCGAAGAAGGACGCCGCGGACGAGGUCCUGGGGAAGAUCGUGUUGCCGGGGAAGCCCGACAGCAAGGAAGAAGCGCUCGCAGGCGCCAGCGGCUCGGCGGAGGGGACCAAGGCUUGCGGCAAGGUGUGCGGGACGGACGCUGCCACGGGGUCGGACAAGUCGAGUGGCGUGGGGAGUGUCAGCGGGGAGCCAUCGGAGCUGGCGGGGGGUCCCGGUGCGACGCGGGAGGGAGCGAGGGAGGCAGCAUCGCCGGAGGUGGCGUCCGGCGGUGGAGACGAAGGAAAGGGCGAGGCGGCGUGCGGCGGCCAGAGGACAGAGGAGGCGGAGAGGCUGGAGCGGGAGAUGUCGGCGGCGACGGGCGGCUGCAAGUGCGAGGCGGCGGGGGCGGACUACGAGGAGGGGGAGGACGGGCUCCUGCAGGAGCGGCCGGGCCCGGGCAAGAGGCCGCGGCUGACGCUGCUCCCCGGGGACCGCGAGCUGUUCUGCCUGUGGCGGACGCUGGGCACGCAGGACGGCGCGGGCCAGCGCGUGAUGCAGGUGGCCUCCAUCCUGCGCAACCUGAGCUUCUCGGAGGAGAACGCGGCGACGCUGGGGCGGAGCGGGGCGUUCCUGCGCUUCGCGUUGCUGUGCGCGCGGUCGCGCUGGGGCCCGCUGCGCCAGGCGGGGCUUGACGCGCUGGGCAACGUGGCCCACGAGGUGCGGGUGGAGGACCCCGCCUCCGACCGCUACGGCGGCUGGCUGGUGGCGUCCCUGUCGCUGGGCGUGGCAUCGCCCGACCGCUUCGAGGUGCUGUCGUGCCUGGAGGUGCUCAACAAGCUGAGCCAGCGCGAGGAGAACGAGGACGUCAUGCUGCGCUGCGUCGACCAGAAGGUUUACGACCAGGUGUGCCAGUUCCUGACGCUGCACGACAUCAUGCUGCUGAUAUACACCCUGGAGUGUCUGUACUCGCUGUCGUCGCUGGGCGAGCGUGCCUGCAACUGCAUCGCCCGGGUCCACGGGGCCAUCGACACGCUCGUCUCCCUCAUCACGGUCGAGGCGCAGAGCUACGGCCCGCAGGCCUGCAUCCUCAUGCGGGUGGUGGAGACGGUGUCCGGGGUGCAGUCGGUGGGCACUGGGACGACCACCACGGCCGCCGCGAUGACCGGGGGGCCUCCGCCCCCGGCGGUCCUGCCCACGACGGCCCAGCUGCGGCCCAGCGCGCCCGUCACGCCCCAGCGCCAGCCCACGCCCCACAAGAUGGUGAUAGGCGCGCCGCAGCCGGCGGUGGCGACCCCGGUGGCGAUGGGGGCGGGCCACGGCCACCAGGCGGUGACGCAGCAGUACUUCCACCACCACCACCAGCAGCAGCAGCAGCAGCAGCAGCAGCAGCAGCAGCAACAGCAGCAGCAGCAGCACCAGUUUGUGCUGGAGAACGAGCAGUUUGCGCUGGCGUGGCUGCGGUCGGCCUACGAGCCCCACACGGGCUCCCGCCUGGAGCAGGGCGAGGUGUACAAGCAGUACCUGACGGCGUGCGCCAAGGUGGGGCGGCGGGGCGUCAUCGCGCCCCUCCACUUCCCCCGCUGCGUCAGGUCCGUGUUCGGGUCAAACGUGGGGCCGAUCCAACAGAAGCCGGCCGGCGGGAGCGUCGGCGGCGCCGGCGGCGGGAACAACGGCUCUGACCAGACGUUGUCCUUCUACGAGGGCAUAAAGGUGCGCGCAAACCCGUUCCCCAUCGGUGUGCUGCAGGCGUCGGGCAUAGCCCCCGCCUCUCCCCAGCCCCCCGCCGCGGCGAGGAAGCAGGCUGCGGCGGCCCCAGUCCCGGUCCCGGUCCCCAAGACCCAGGCCCCUCCCCCCGCCCCCACCCCCGCGCCCGCGGAGCUCGUGCUAGACACGUCCGUGCCCUUGGUGCCCGCCCCGGCGUCCCCCAUCCUCAAGGCCCAGCUCAGCGCGCCCCCCAAGCCUAGGGAUAGCGCUGCCAAAGGCGAUGUUAAGAGCCAGGUGUCGUCCCACCCGCACCUGACGCAGGCCCUGCUGGGCGCGGGCGGCCAGGGGCAGGGCCAGGGCCAGGGCCAGGGCCAGGGCCAGGGGCAGGGGCAGGGCCAGGGGCAGGAGGCGGGCCCCGGCAAGGAGGGGGGGGCGUGCAACAACAGCACCUCCCUCAUCAAGAGCCUCCUCGCCACCAAGGUAACCCCGGCCGGGGACAGCCCUCCGCCCACCUCUAGCAUGGUGCCUGCGAGUGUGUGUGCCGCCAGUAACAGCUCGCCGCAGGUGACGCAGCGGCAGCAGCAGCAGAAGCUCCUGCAGCAGCAGCUGCUGUGCCAGGAGACCUGCCCCACCUCCCCGCCCCCUCAGCCGCUGCCGGCCAAGCCCAAGACCAUCGUGUGCAUCGCCAGCAAGGCUCCCGUCGACCCCCGCAGGCUCGCCAGGAUGAACGGGGCCCGCGCGCCCGUCCCCUUGACCGCUCAGCUGGACGCAAGCAAAGAAGCCAAUGGGAACGGGAUCGCCGGCGCCGUAUCGGAAAUGGUGACGGUGGUGGUGUCGGAUCCCGCCGCUGUGCCGCGCGUCGCGGAGAACCACGCGUCCGUGGGCGUGGGAGGGGGAGCGAUGCUGAAGGGACGCAGGGAGCCCCCCCAGCCGCCCCCGCCCCCACUCGCCCCCGCCAGCUCCGGGCCGCCCCGGCUCCCCACGCCCGCGCCCGACGACUCCGACAACUCCCGGGCCUCCAGCAGCCGGGACUGCGGCGGCCUGAACGCGUCCACCGACGACGGGGAGAACUCGCUGACGAGCUUCGAGGGCUUCCUGCUCAACGGGAUCCCCAACUCCAUCGACAUCGACGCGGCGUCCAGCGACAGCUCCUCCAAGGACUCCGCGCGCAGCGGCAUCCUGGCAGGCAAGACGCUGCAGAUCGGCGGGAAGAGCCUGAUGCUGGCGGAUCUGCUGGAGAAGAAAGUGGACAGGAAGGAGCCGCCCGUGCUGAACGGCAUAGUCGGCAAAGAGCUGCGCAUAGGGGAUAAAGGUCUGGAGUUGGUGGAGAACCACCUGGAGAAAGUGUUGAAGGAAAGUGUGAACGUUAGCGUGACGAUAGAAACCAGCACCGGAGAGAUGAUAGAGACGACGACCGGAGAAGUGCUGAAGGGAAUGUCGGAGGAGGGUUUGAUCAGGUUAGCGUGUCCCGUCUCGAACAGUUGCGAGAAGGACGGCGGGGCGGUGUACAAGACGGUGGGGACGGCGACGGACGAGAACAUCUCGGGCCCCGGGGACGGCGUGAAGUGUGCGGCCGUGCAGACCCAGACGAUGCAGGGCAUCAAAAGGCCCGCGGAGAUGAGGGAGGUGGGCGUGUCGGAUGCCAAGAGACCGCAUUUGGAAACCGUGACGGUCAACGGUACCUCUUCGCCCAUCCCCGUCCUCUCCCUGCCCGAAGACGCCUCCAAGGAAAGCGACAGGUCCGAGUCGGCCGGCGCGUCCACCUCCGCGGCGAACCUGUACGCGGCGCUCGCGGCGUCGACCAUCGAAGACGAGCCGGACAUUGAGAUGGAGCCCACGCCCCAGCUCCAGCUCGCGGGCAGGCAGGCCGUGUUCCUGGGCCAGGGGAUGGACACGGGAGGCCAGCAGCUCAUAGUCGCGGCUCCCCGGCAGAUCAUCGUGUCCCAGGGCCAGCUCUCGUCGCAGAACCAGGUGCUGAUAUCGGCCGGGGGCCAGCUGACCCUGCAGCAAGGGGCGGGCACGAAGAUGAAGCCGCCCGCGAGCCACCAGGCCAUGCCCGUGCUGGUGCAGACAGGCGGGGCCCCGCCCCAGCGCUCGCCGCUGAUGGCCCCCCAGGGCGCCCAGCUCGUGCAGGCGGGCCAGGUGGUGCUGACCCAGUCGUCGUCGGGGCAGUUCAUCCUGUCGCAGACGCCCCCCGGCCAGAUGCAGCUGGUGACGGGGGCGUCCCAGGGCAGCCAGUACAUCGUGUCCGGGGGGGCGGGCGCGGGGCAGGCCCACUACGUCAUGGCGCAGCCGCAGACGGCGCUGGUGCAGGGGCAGUCCCAGACCGUGCUCGUGGCACAGACGUCUCAGCAGCAGGGCACGGGGACCAAGACCAUCAUCAUCCUGCAGCCCCAGGGCUCUGCCUCCGCCGCCCACCACCAGAAGGUCAUGGUGACGCCCCAGGGGCAGCAGGUGGUCGUCACGCAAGUUCCUAGACCGUUGCUGCAGAACCCGUCUCCGAGCCUACCUCCGCCAGCGCUGGUGCCCACGUCGGGGGCCUCCGCGGUGACGGCCAGCGCCUCGAGCGUCGCCCAGGUGCAGCAGAAGCAGCAGCAGCAGCAGGCCAAGGUGCUGGCGGGGGGCGCGGGGGUCCCGGGAGCCCAGCUGGCCCGGCUGCCCGGGCCCCACGCCGGCCAGAUCACGGUGUCGACCGCCGCCGCUGCCACGUCGGUGAUCCACCAGGCGCCCCUGGCGCGGCCGGCCGUCCCCGCCCUCAUCCAGCCGCGCCCCGCGAGGCCCCCGCCGCCGCCCGCCCCCGUGCCGUCCCCCCAGCGGCCGGCCGUCAAGACCUACCAGAACCCCCGCGCCGUGCAGGCGGAGCGCUCCGUGGCGGUGCAGCACUGCCCCGGGGCCCCGCAGCAGCUGAAGGCCGUCCGUCCGCCCGCGCCGGCGCAGCAGGCGCAGACGAGGCUGCCGGCGCCUGGCACGCCCGCCGACCAGGCCGUGUUCCUGUGCGAGUGGCGCGGCUGCAUGCGGAGUUUCUCGUCGGCGAACGAGGUGUACCUGCACGCCUGCGAGGCGCACUGCCCCCUGGGCAGCGAGGAGAUCCAGUGUCUGUGGGAGCGCUGCGACGCCAUGCGGCGCAAGAGGCUGUCCCUCAUGACCCACCUGUACGACCGCCACUGCAACGCCGACGUGUUGCGCAUGAUGGCGGUGAGGCGACGACAGCUGUCACAAAGCGGCCGGAGCGAGAUCCCUCCCCCACAGCCACCCCCGCCACACCCCGGGUACGCCCCCAACGCUGCGUUCCACGCGAUCAAGAGGCAUGCGCUGGAGUUCGUCAAUCCCAAGGAAAUGAUGGAUGACAACGAAGGCCCUGUUACCAAAAGCAUCCGGCUAACUUCGUCGCUCAUCCUGAGAAACCUAGUCAUUUAUUCCACGAAUGGAAGAAGAUUCCUGCGCAGCUACGAGCCGCACCUGGCGAGCAUAGCGCUGAGCAACGUGGAGUCGUCGCGAACGAUCGCGCAGGUUCUGUACGACAUGAACCAGCAGACGUCCAGCCAGAGGUGACCCUUCUAGGCCUAGCGCCGCGGAUCUGCGAGGCGUGAUCGACAACGUCCAGACCUGGUUUCCAGCACAGGCAACACAUUGUACAUUCUCUGUUUUUGUGUGUAUUUAUUUUAUCGACAGAAGACUGCGGACCGUGUUGUACAAAGAAAUAUCUCCGAGCGGAAAGUUAAUUCAGUGUCUCGAAGCUUGCUCUUCUUUUUUUUUUUUCGUGUGAGAACUAAUUUCAAACUGGGGAAUGUAAAAGAGAAUAAUUUUUUUGUGAUUGGUGGAUUUAUGUGAAAAAAUGACUCUCGAGGUUAUUUAUACAAUUGUAAUUAAUGAACUUGCUUAUUCUCGUCGAGAACUUGUGUAUAAAACUUUUGUGUCUCUCUUAUCAUGUUGUGUUUGUAAGUAUUGUAUAGGAUGUGCUCUUCUCUCCAUUCAGACUUUUUUUGACUGGCUUUUGGAGAUCUUACUUUCAGUGUCAAUUUUAGAGGGUUACUUUCUAGCACUAAAAGUGUUUUGUUACGACUUUUUUAAAGAAAAUAUUAUACAGUUGUUGUUUUUUGCAUUGCCUCAUAAAUUAAAUGUGCAAUUCUUUUUCAAGUAUUUAUUAAAGACAAACUGCACUUAUGUAAAUAGAAUGAAUCCCAUUCUGUUGGGUGGUCUGGAGCAUUCUUUGGAUGUGGAACUCUGUGUCUUUUAAGAAAACUUGUAGCAUAAGUGUUGUAGGAGUACUUAGUUCUCGUGGUUAAGACACCGAAGGAAAAGAAUGUGCACAUUGUUUUAUGGAAAUAAACCCAAACAUGUUUUGUGAAAUUUGAAUUUAAUCUGCGUCCACUUUGAAAACAAAUACAUUCAACAAAAAAGUUUUUUUACCAGAGAUAUUUUGAAGAUUCAUGAAAUGUUAGUUAUGCAGCAUGAUAUUUGAUAAAGUGUUUCAACCUUUGGCAUUAGGUAAAUAAUGUUAUCAAAAUGACUUUUUAUUUUAAAUAUUUAAGAGUCCUCAAUUUUUUUUUUGUAGUGGAGGAUAGUAAUCUUCACACAUUUUACCAAAUAAUUUAAUAACGAGUAUUUUCAAUUUUCAGCGGAAACUAUAUGUGUGACAGUAAUUGUAACGUUAUCCUAUGCCAUUCCAUGUGUUGGGAGUCUUACAGUUAUCUUUGCAGUAUUGUGUGUGAAACUUACACUUAACCAGAAUCCAAGAGUAAAACACUCUCAUCAGUACGAUAACCUCAGACUUCUGGAAUGAGACGCCAGCAAUCAUCAGUGUAUGGUAUCAUGGUCUAUUUUCUUGUGCUUUUGUCAUUCUUUUUGUAUGGAAAGUAGCUAAAGUAUAGAAAGCACUGUACAAUGUUCACAUAAAAAGAUAAUCUGAAAUAAAUAAUUGCAUUUAUUGAUUUGUAA